GGUUAAGCGAACCUGUACAAAGAAACUAUUAUAUAUUAUCCACUUCCAUUGUAUAGACAAAAAAACAUGAUCUAAAUAUUUAAAAAAGUGCACUACCAUAGUUUUUCGAAACCAUUGAGUGAAAUCAGCUGGCAACUGAAUUUAUUGAAGCUAUAAGAAAUUUAUACUUUUCAUGAACUUGAUGAAUUCAUGAAAUCUGUUGUGGUUUUCAACAGUUUCUCUCUCUAGAAAAUGCUCUCUGUUAGCAUCCACAGAUUUCUGCUGUUCUCCAUCCAGGUUUUCUAAAGCUGUGAACGAAGGAUGGAUUCCUGUGAUUGCUUCGAGACUCAAUGGCCUGCUGAUGAGCUUUUAGUGAAGUAUCAGUACAUAUCUGAUUUCUUUAUUGCAUUUGCCUAUUUCUCCAUUCCAUUGGAACUUAUAUAUUUCGUCCAGAAAUCAGCGUUCUUUCCGUAUAGAUGGGUGCUUAUGCAGUUUGGUGCUUUUAUUGUUCUAUGUGGAGCAACACACUUUAUAAGUCUAUGGACAUUCUCGUCACACUCCAAAACUGUUGCUAUUGUAAUGACUGUAGCAAAACUGUCUACAGCUUUCGUGUCAUGCGUAACCGCAUUAAUGCUUGUUCACAUUAUACCUGAUUUAUUGAGUGUGAAAACAAGGGAAUUGUUUUUGAAACAAAGAGCUGAAGAUCUUGAUCGGGAAAUGGGGUUGAUUAUCAAACAAGAAGAAACUGGAAGACACGUUAGAAUGCUUACACAUGAAAUCAGAAGCACUCUUGAUAGACACACGAUAUUAAAAACGACUCUCAUUGAGCUCGGUAGGACUUUAGAUCUUGAAGAAUGCGUGUUGUGGAUGCCAUCAAGCAACGGUAUGAUUCUUCAGCUUUCGCAUUCUUUGCAUAAUUUAAUCGCGCUCGGCUCCAGUGUUCCGAUCAAUCUCCCGAUAAUCACUGAGGUGUUCAAUAGUGGUGAAGCAAUAAGGAUUCCACAUAAUUGCCCAUUGGCUAGGGUUCGAACCCCUGUGGGAUCUUACGUUUCACCUGAAGUGGUCGCUGUUCGUGUUCCUCUUUUGCAUCUAUCGAAUUUUGAAAUCGACAAUUGGCCUGAUCACUCUGCAAAAACUUAUGCUGUCAUGGUUUUGAUUCUUCCUCUGAAUGGCUUACGAAAGUGGAGGGACCAUGAAUUGGAACUUGUAACCGUUGUUGCUGACCAGGUUGCUGUAGCUCUUUCUCAUGCUGCAAUUCUAGAAGAAUCUAUGCGGGCCCGUGAUCAGCUCGUGGACCAGAAUUUUGCGUUAAAUGUGGCUCGACAAGAAGCAGAGAUGGCUAUCCAUGCGCGUAAUGAUUUCCUUGCCGUCAUGAAUCAUGAAAUGAGUACACCUAUGCACGCAAUUAUAGCAUUGUCUUCGCUUCUUUUAGAAACCGAACUUACUCCAGAUCAACGAGCCAUGAUAGAAACCAUACUUAAAAGUAGCAAUCUUCUAGCAGCACUUGUAAAUGACGUUCUUGACCUCUCUAGGCUAGAAGACGGUAGCCUUGAACUUGAAAAUGAAGUGUUCAACCUUCAUGAGCUCUUCAGAGAGGUCGUCAGAUUGAUUAAUCCGAUAGCAUCUGUGAAAAACACAUCCAUGACAUUGAAUUGCGAUCUGGGCCUACCUGUUUAUGGCAUUGGUGAUGAAAAACGCCUCAUGCAAGUAAUCUUGAAUAUCGUUGGCAAUGCGGUUAAGUUCACGAAAGGGGGUCAUGUUUCAAUUCAGGCAUCUAUUUUGAGUCCUGGGUAUUUCCAGGAGUGGCAAACUCCGGAAUUUUGCCCUACGUUGACCGAUGGUUUGUUCUACCUACUUGUGCAGGUGAAGGAUUCUGGGUCUGGCAUUAAACAACAAGACAUUCCACACAUUUUCACAAAGUUUUCCGAGCCUCGCAGUGCAUCAAACCGAGGUAGCAACAGUGCAGGUCUUGGACUCGCUAUUUGCAAAAGGUUUGUGAAUCUGAUGGGAGGCCACAUAUGGAUCGAGAGUGGAGGGUUGGGUAAGGGUACAACGGUUGCAUUCCUUGUGAAACUGGGUCACUACAACUACAACCCCCACCCAAAUAACUCAUCCAUGCAACACCAUGUUCCCCAAACGGUUCCUAAACCGAGACCCCAUCAAGGAAGUGGUGAACUCAUUAAACACCGACACCUUGAGAGAGAGGAUUACAAAGUGACUGCUUCAUUCCCACUUUAUAACAGGAGUAUGUAGCUUACUCCCGAUAAGAAUAUUUAGGUACCAUCUUGUAGUUGUCGCCUGUCGGUAUGAUUAUACGAUGGUCGGUUUUUAUCAUAAUUAUAUAUUGUAAUCAAUGAGCAAUGGAGGAGCCUGGUAUCGUGUCGAUACUCAAUAUUUUAACACAAGUUGUAUAAGAAAAUGUAGUAACCUAGUAAGUUAUGUUUUUGAAACGUACGUUGUAACAUGCCACAUUAACCAUUAUUAUAUAGGUAACUUGUUUUUGUGUAAA